CGUAGUCGCAGUAAUUUUUAGAUUUUUAAUUUAAAAUUUUAGCAACACCAAUGCAGCUGUAUAGCCUGACAAUGCUGCCAGUGGCCACGCUGCUUGGCCUACUGCUGCUCUGUGGCCCAACGCACGCGUGGCACUCGGAGGAAUUGGAAAUAUUUGACUUGAUCGAAGAGGUCAACAAGAAUUUUUACGAAUUCAUGGGCAUAAAUCAAAAUGCCACGAAUAAUGAGAUAAAGCGCGCGUUUCGUACUCUGUCCAUUGUGCUGCACCCGGACAAGAGCAACGCUGAGGAUGCCAACAUACAGUUUCGAAAUUUAGUCUCCAUCUAUGAAGUGCUGAAGGAUGGCUCCAAGCGUGAGAAGUAUGACAAGGUUCUGCGCGACGGCAUGCCCAACUGGAAGUCUGCACUCUAUUACUAUCGUCGCAUGCGUAAAAUUGGCCUAUACGAGGGCGCUUUUAUUCUUUUCCUCAUCAUCACUGUGGGCCAGUAUCUCUUCGCAUGGGCAGCUUAUCUAGAGAAGAAGUACACCGCCGAGCAAGUGUUUGGCACCAAGCUAAAGAAACUGCAAAAGCGCAAUAAAAACAUUGAUAUGGAUGUCAUACUAAGCGAAAUACCUUUACCAUCCAUGCUCAAUACGCUGCCAUUCCAAAUACCAAUGGCCAUUUGGCAUUUGCCCGGAACCAUAAAGAACUUUUUCAGCAAGGCCAAUGAACUUAAGGAACUGGCGCUAGAGAAGCGCAGGCAAGAACUGGAGGCUGCUCGCCGGCAAGAGGAAUUGGAGCGAGAGGCGGAGGAGCAGGUACGCUUACGCAAAGAACAUAAAGAAAAUUUGCGCAAGCGUAAGCAAAAUACCAAAGCACCAGAAAAAACAGAAGAAGAGUUGCGUGGUUAUUCCCAAAUACAGGCACGUGAACUAACCGAGGAUGAUGCCAUACGGCCGGCAACUCAAAAGAGCACCGUCAGCGGCGGCUUCUGGACGGACGAGGAUCUAACUGAGCUCAUACGCUUGGUUAAGAAAUAUCCAGGCGGUGCGGGCAGUCGCUGGAACACCAUAGCCGAGGCCAUGAAUCGGAGCGUGCAAGAGGUUACAUUUAUGGCGGCAAAGAUGAAAGAGAAUGGCUAUCGCAUACCAGGACAAACGGACAGCGUGGCUGAAACCAUUGUGCAGGAAUCACAGCAGGCGGUGCGCAAGGAGAAAGUAAAGAAGGGAGAGAAGAGCAUGCUCAUACCAGAGACCAACUGGUCGCAGGAGCAGCAGCGCGCCUUGGAGGCGGCAAUUGUCAAGUAUCGCAAAACAGCUGGCGGCGAUCGUUGGCAAAAGAUUGCCAACAGCGUGCCGGAGAAGACCAAAGAGGAGUGCCUAGUGCGCUACAAAUAUCUUUGCGAGCUGGUGAAAACGCAAAAGAAAGCAGAGGAGGAAAAUGCUGAAGAUGAGCUGGGAGAGGAAAACAACACUGCGGCGUCAGAGACAGAAUCGCUGCAUGUAGAACCAGAGCAACCAGAGCCUGUGGAAGCGGCAGCCACUAAAAAGCUUAGCAAACGCGAGAAGCGCCGACGCAAACGUGACAUGUCCAGUGACGAGGACUCAGAUGAUGCAUAGCAGUAAUACAGUUAAUCGCAUUAAGCUUAGACAACUACAAAUGCUCGCCAUGCUCUCCUAAGACCUAGACCUAAGCUUCUUCCCAUACCAUACGCACCAGACAUUCAUCAGAGCGAGAUAGCUGCAGGCAAGCAUAGACUAGAGCGAGAAAGGUAUACUUUGCAAUGGAAAUGUAACAUAGAGACAUUGGUUCUAAGUAAAUUUUAGUUUAACUGACUGAGAAGCACAAAAUCAGCUGCCAAAUGUACUAAUCUAUAUCAAUCAAGAGAAACUUUUUGCUUUAGUAUUUGUAUGAUCAUAAGAUUUGGUUCGUGACAUAAUAUCAUUAGAUGGUUGUUAGCAGU